AUGAUUUUGAUUGCUACUCUGGAGCAUGCUUUCUCCCGAUUUCCUAGCAUCAUCACAUGGUGGUCCUUGACGUUUCUUUUGGCCAGAGGACAUCUGCUUCUUGACUUGAAUCAUCCGCCGGCAGGGACCUUGGAUGAAGCCCUAUCAUCCAGGAUCGCAACUCCCGAGCUGAUAUUCGACUUGAACCAGCCGCCGCCAGGAAGCUCGGAUGAAGUCCUUCUAUCCAAAGUCCCACCGACUGAGCUGAUCACGAGGAUGAGAACAAUAAAACCCCCAUCGGAGCGAACAUCUGAAGGAGGACAACCUUUCAGCGUAAAUCAACCUACCAGCCCUGCGUGUCAACUGCUUGCUUCGGUUGAUCCCCCCUCUGAAUCUAUCAUCCCAGGGCCCACUGCACAAGACAAUCCGACCCAGGACCACUCGAGGUCUCAAGAAAUAGCCGCUGUGGAUGAGUUGAUGGUGGCAAGCAAGACAAGUCAACCUGUCCCUGACAAUGGCAGUAACCAUAAGCAACCCAGAUUGUCCUGUGCGAUAUUAGAAUCCAGUCAGCAAUCGAAGCGCUUGAAAAUUGGACCACCGGAAACCAAAUUGCCGGUUACAUCAUUCACGGAGCAGGCGAACCUCAACGAUUCCAAGUAUGGGUUGUCAAUCAUCAAAGCGCAAGUUGUCGAGGAACUACUCCAUAAACACAGUCUCAAAUUCAAUCGACAGAUCAAGGGCUUGCAGAUCUACCUUCGUUCUCCAGAAGACACGCACACAUCCUUGCCGUUCGCCCGGUUUCGUCAGAUAAACGCAAACUACGGAAAGGUGUUUAGGGUGCUGAAUGAUUCCAAAAAAUUCGCUCAGGCCAAUACUGAGCUAUCUUGGUUAUAUAACCAUUUGAUAGCAUCAUUGUACAAGCUUCAUGGUGAUUUUUUAUCGAGCUUCUUCAGCAUAACAACAUUGGCUCACAGAAUAGAACAAGAAAAACUCUUAGACUGGUUGGAUGAAUCCAUCUUUAGUCCCGUUGGAAGUCCUCCGAUAUUAGGACUUGUCAAGGAACCGUACCUGUUGUGGAGAGUGAAUGAUCACAGGAUGAAAUUCGGUCCUAUUCAAUUGGAAUUGAUAAGAUAUUUUUCUCAAAGCCGAGGGGAUGCUGGUGCAAAUAUGCACCUUACGACCUUCCGUCUCCUGAAGGCGUAUCAAGGUCCAAAUUUGAGCAAAUAUUCAGCCUUAACUGAACCACCCAAUCUCGCCUACGAGGAGCCAAGUGAGAUUUCAAUCAAACCACAUUUCAAGGAAGCAUUGAAUUUUAUAUCGAACAUAGCUGUUGACUCAAGAUAUCAGAGAACACUGGAAUCGAAAAUUCAUCCAGCCGAUCCAGACUAUAAAUUGUUUAUGGCACCGAUUUCAGACUUUCAGGCACAUAUACAAAAGGUGAUCAUUCACAAGGCAUUUCUCAGAAGCUAUCAUCCAAAAAUCCCAAUCAUCAUGUUCUUUUCCAAAACAAAUGAUGGCCCGCGGAUCUUGAGGAUCACAAGCUCAAUCGGCGGAUCAACAUACGAUGAAAACUACAUGACGGCUAAGCUCAGAAGCGUGCUCAAAUCAGUGGAUUUUUUACAUGGGAUGUGA